AUGGGGAAGAAAAGGCCGGAUGCAACCACAUCGACCGAGGGGCCAGAGUAUGAACACAGGCAGGCGAUCGUAAAAGCAGCGGGGCCGAAUGAAGAAGCGGGCGCGACGGCAGGCCUACUGCGCAGACAGGAGACGAGGCCUCGGCAGCCACCACAACCGCAGCACCAGCAGCAGAAGCACCAGCUGCUUUCAAGAGAGGGGCAUGGGCAUAGGCAUGGGCCCGGGCAGACACAGAGCCAGCCCGCGAGCCAGCCUGACGGACGGUCAGUCAUCAGUCAGUCAGUCGGUCCGACCGACGACGUACCCGUGUACUGUACUGGGCUCGGCUCUCGCGCAUUCGAUCGCCGCAUUACUGCGCUGCCCUGCAAACCCUUUUCUCGCCCUCGCUACGCUUUGCGCCUUCCGUCUGGGACCGGCCGCAGAAAGCGACGCGAGCCCGGCCCGGCCCGGCUUCAAGCAAGACAAGCCGAAGCCGAAGCCCCGAAGGCCGAGCGAGCAACGCAAGCCAAGGCAGCACGAGCAGCAGCAGCAGCAGUAGUCGCAGCAGCAGCACGAGCAGCAGGCAGGCACGCAGGCAAGCACGCAGGGCAGCUCUGCGCUCGUCUGUCCGAUCGAAGAGCAUACUCGGAAGACGGAAGAGAAAGGGAAUCGGGAGGAGAGGAGAGAGGAGACGGGGAAAGAGAAAGAAAGCGCACGCACGAGGGGAGGGGAGGGGAAGGGAGGGAGAGGGAGAGGGAGGGGAGGGGGGUUUUGCGGUGGCGGGGAGGUCGCUUACUGGGCCGGUGCGAGGGGUGA